UGUAGUGAGAUGCAGCAUGCAGAUUUUUAAACUUGUAUAUGUGAUAAUUUCCUGCGUAAGUCUCAGCAUGGGUCAAGUUGAGGAUAAAGAACCGCGUUUUGCCAGGUCUGUGGUGAAUAUGGAUAACCUCCUGAACAUGGAAGACGAUCUAGUCACUCAUUUGGAAGGGUUCACGGAAAAGCUGUCACAGAAUGCAAAAACCAUCAGAUGGGGGAUUCAACAGAUGAAGGAGCAGCUUGAAAAAAACAAAAUGGAUAAAUCCCUCGAGUCUUGGGACCCAUUAAGGAGUUUCUCCAUCAUUCGUCACUUGCAGGCGGAUUGGUUGAUGUGGAAACAAUACUUGCAAACACCCGUGAUACUCGAUCGAUUGAUUUAUAAUAAGUCAGAGAAUUUGAAGAUGCCACAGGAACUAGACAUGUUAGACGCCGCAGAAGCAAUUAGACGAAUGCAAGCUACAUACGGAAUGUUAUCCAAUGAUAUUGCCAAGGGUUUUCUAGAUGGAGUUCAGUACAAUUCAACACUGGCACCCAUCGAUUGUUUUGCAAUGGCUCAGCACUUGAUGAAUCAAUCUCGGUGGACGAUUGCCGAACAAUGGAUUCUGGCGGGUAUUGCAGCCCAGGAUGGGAAGGGUCCUCGAACAGAGAUGAUGUUACUAAGGGGACCAUCAAAAUCAGAACUGUAUAGAACACUAGGUAAAGUGCGGAUCCAAAGGAGAAAUGCAGAAGGAGCCUUGCAAGCCUAUCGAGCUGCACUCAAGCAUUCGCCCUAUGAUACGGAAAUAUUCCAAGAGUAUCAAAAAUUGAAAAGGAAACUUCUUACAUUAUCAUCAAGCAAACCAAUCGGAGAGGAACCCAAUGAUGAGGACGAGGAAAUGGAGCUGCCGCCCUGUUGCAGUGGUCAUUGUAAAGUGCCCCGGCAGCUGAAAAGACUAUAUUGUGUGUAUAAUGGUGCAACUGCUCCUUUCCUGCGCCUGGCCCCCAUCAAAACGGAGUUUCUCUCAACUGACCCCUUCGUGAUCCUUCUACACGACAUGGUCUCCCCAGCAGAGGCAGCUCUAUUGAGAUCUUCCAGUAAGAAUAUGAUCUUUCCUUCCGAAACAGUCAACGCCGCAAACGAGUUUGAAGUCGGCAAGUUCCGCACUUCGAAGUCAGUUUGGUUGUACGAUGGCAAUGAGGCGACUUUAAGGCUCACACAACGUUUGGGUGAAGCAACUGGCUUGGAUAUUAGACACUCGGAGCCCUUUCAGGUCAUCAACUAUGGAAUCGGAGGCGUCUUUGAAAGCCACUUUGACACGUCGCUUGAGGACGAGAAUCGAUUCGUUGGCGGAUAUAUUGACCGACUUGCUACAACACUUUUCUAUCUAAAUGAUGUGCCACAAGGCGGGGCCACCCAUUUUCCAGUUAUAAAUAUCACUGUUUUUCCCAAGUUUGGAACUGCUCUCUUUUGGUAUAAUCUGGACACGAGGGGCUUGCUGCAAGUCCCCACAUUGCACACCGGCUGUCCCGUUAUUGUGGGCUCCAAAUGGGUGGUCAGCAAGUGGAUAGACGACAAGGGGCAAGAGUUCAGGAGGCCCUGCCUAAGAUCGCGCUUAGACACCAAAAAUUUGCCUUCAAUAGAGAAGAUUAUUAUCUAGCCUUUGCUAUUAAUAAUUAAUAAGUAUUAGGAGAAAGAAACAUUAAAGUUUCUAUACUUUUAAGCGUUUCAAGCCCCAGAUGAACUGUAAACUAAGGCGUCACUAAUGAGCACAUAAAUUAGAUUAUAACACGACUAUGAAAA